GAUCAUGGGGAGCUUGACGGCGGCCAGUUUACAAUGGCUGUCCGCUAUCAUUUGUUUGUUAUUGUUAAGCUGUUGUAGUGUUCGGGCAGCCGAUGAUGUAUUUUCAUGUCCAAAUGGUUGGGAAUUACGUGGUCUAUAUUGUUACAAAUAUUUCAAUAUCAAACAUUCGUGGGAGAAAAGUGCCGAACUCUGCAGAAGAUAUGGUGCUGAAUUAGUUGCCAUCGAUAAUUAUGCUGAAAAUAACAACACCCUAUCGAUAGCCCGCCUCAAUGAUCCCAAUCAUCGGGCAUCGGAUAAGUACUGGCUCGGUUUAGCCUCCUUGGAUGAGUUGCGUACCAAUACCCUAGAAUCAGCAUCGGGAGCUUUAAUUUCCCAAUAUUCUGGUUUCUGGUCAUUGCAUCAACCUAAUCCCCAGUCGGGAGAAUGUGUUGCCGCCACAUUCACCUCUGUCAUUCAAUCCUGGAAUUUGGGUACUUGUGAAAGUCUAUUGCCCUUUAUGUGUCGUGCCUCUGCCUGCCCCUUGAAUUCCAUUCACUGUGCCAAUGGUAAAUGUGUCAAUCAAAGUUUCAAAUGUGAUGGUUCCGAUGAUUGUGGUGACGGUUCCGAUGAAUUGGAUUGCCCAGCUCAAUGUCAUUAUCACAUGCAAUCUGGUGGUGAUGUUAUUGAAUCUCCUAAUUAUCCUCAUAAAUAUGGUGCCUUAUCGAAAUGCAAAUGGACUUUGGAGGGUCCUUUGGGUAGCAACAUUAUUUUGCAAUUCCAAGACUUCGAAACUGAAAAGACCUUCGAUACUGUACAAGUUUUGGUUGGUGGCCGUACUGAGGAGAAAUCUGUAUCUCUGGCCACUUUGAGCGGUAAACAUGAUUUGACCACCCAACCCUUGGUGUCGGCCUCGAAUUUCAUGAUUGUCAAAUUCACCUCGGAUGGUAGUGUGGAACGUAAAGGUUUCCGUGCCACAUGGAAAACGGAAUCUAAAGUAUGCGGUGGCACCUUGAAGGCAACUUUGCAGCGCCAAACCCUUACCAGUCCCAACUAUCCCAAACAAUACCCCGGUGGUUUGGAGUGCCUGUACAUCAUUAAGGCCCAACCUGGACGCAUUAUUUCCAUUGAAGUUGAUGAUUUAGAUAUUGUUGAUGGACGCGAUUAUAUGCUAAUACGUGAUGGUGAAUCUCCCAUGAGCCGUCCCAUUGCCAAGUUGACCGGCAAGACAGCCAAUAAUGAAAAGGUCAUUAUCUCCACCGGAAAUGCUUUGUAUUUGUAUUUCAAAUCGAGUUUGGGAGAUUCUGGCAAGGGUUUCAGUUUACGUUAUAUUCAAGGUUGCAAGGCCACCAUUACCGCCCGUAAUGGUACUGUCACAUCGCCUGCCUUUGGUUUGGCUGAUUAUCCCAAAAAUCAGGAAUGUUAUUUCACCAUUCGCAACAGUAUGGGUUCACCGUUGUCUUUGAAAUUCGUUAAAUUCAUGGUCCACAAGAGUGAUAAUGUUCAGGUCUACGAUGGAUCUUCAACAUCGGGAUUGCGUUUGCAUUCGGGAGAUGGUUUCACCGGUACCGCUGUGCCCAAAUUGACUUUGACUGCUUCUUCAGGAGAAAUGUUGAUUAAAUUCACUUCGGAUGCUUUGCAUAAUGCUGCUGGAUGGUCCGCCACAUUCUCUGCUGAUUGUCCUGAAUUGCAACCUGGCAUUGGUGCCUUGGCUUCCAGCCGUGAUACUGCCUUUGGAACUGUUGUAACCUUCACCUGUCCCAUUGGCCAGGAAUUUGCCACCGGUAAAAGUAAAAUUGUAACUGAAUGUUUGAAGGGUGGUAACUGGAGUGUAUCCUAUAUUCCCAAAUGUCAAGAGGUCUAUUGCGGUCCAGUACCCCAAAUCGAUAACGGUUUCUCCAUUGGCUCAUCGAAUGUCACUUAUCGUGGAGUGGCCAUGUAUCAAUGUUAUGCCGGUUUCACUUUCAGUUCCGGUCUACCCAUUGAGAAAAUAUCCUGCUUACCCGACGGCCGUUGGGAACGUAAACCCACUUGUAUGGCUUCGCAAUGUGCCCCUCUGCCUGAGGUGCCUCAUGCCAAUAUUACCCUAUUGAAUGGUGGUGGCCGCAGCUAUGGCACCAUUGUCCAAUAUGAAUGUGAACCUGGUUAUGAACGCACUGGACACCCCGUACUCACCUGUAUGUCCAAUGGCACCUGGAGUGGUGAAGUACCACGCUGCUCACGCAAACGUUGUUAUGAAUUCCCCAAAAUUGAAAAUGGCUUCGUCGUGGAUUCUGAUCGUGCUUAUUACUAUUCGGAUGAUGCUCGUGUUCAAUGCUUCAAGGGUUAUAAGUUGAUUGGUAGCAACAUUAUUCGCUGCAACAGUGACCAGAUCUUCGAAAAUCCUCCCACCUGUGAAGAUAUUAACGAAUGUACUUCCACACAGUGUGAUUUGGCCACAACGGAAUGUGUAAAUACCGCUGGCUCCUUCCAUUGUCAAUGUCGUGCUGGUUUUACAGCCACCUCUGAAUGUCGCCCUGUUGGUGAUUUGGGUCUCAGCAAUGGUGGUAUUCCAGAUGAAAGUAUUACCACUUCGGCCAGUGAAGAAGGUUUCUCUAAGGGUAUGGUCCGCCUGACAUCUGGUGGUUGGUGUGGUGCCUCUGCUGAACCCGGAGCCAACUGGAUUUUGAUUGACUUGAAGGCUCCCACCAUUUUGAGAGGUUUCCGUACCAUGUCUGUACAACGCUUUGAUGGCAACAUUGCCUUUACCUCGGCCGUUAGAUUGCAAUACACCGAUGACCUUACCGAUGUCUUCAAGGAUUACACCAACCCUGAUGGUACCGCUGUAGAAUUCAGAAUCUUGGAACCCACUCUAUCCAUUUUAAAUUUGCCAAUGCCCAUUGAGGCCCGCUAUGUUCGUUUCCGCAUUCAAGAUUAUGUUGGUGCUCCAUGUAUUCGUUUUGAGGCCAUGGGUUGCACACGCUUGGAUUGUGUUGACAUCAAUGAAUGUGCCAAGAAUAAUGGAGGUUGUGAUCAGAAGUGUGUCAACUCACCUGGAAGCUAUUCUUGCUCUUGUAACACUGGCUACCAAUUGUAUACCGCCAAUGGUACCGCUGGCUAUUAUGUGGAGAAAACUGAAACCGGAGAACGUGAUGGUGACACCUAUCAACGCAACAAGACCUGUGUUCCUUUGAUGUGCCCAACCUUGGAAGAACCUGAAAAUGGAAAAUUGCUGACCGACAAAGACACCCAUCACUUUGGUGAUAUUGUCCACUUCCAAUGUAACUUUGGUUAUAUUAUGUCUGGUAGCUCUUCGCUACUGUGUUUGUCAAGUGGUCAAUGGAAUGGUACCGUUCCAGAAUGUAAUUAUGCCAAAUGUGUUUCCUUGCCCGAUGACAAAAUGGAAGGCCUUUCAGUUUUGAGACCUGAUCCCGAAUCUGUUUUGGUACCAUUCCGUGAGAAUGUUUCCAUUACUUGCAAUGCUCCAGGACGUCAGUUGCGCUCAACCGCCUCCUCUGGCUUCCGUCAAUGUGUGUACGAUCCCAAACCUGGUCUACCCGAUUACUGGUUGUCCGGUUCUCAACCAUCCUGCCCUCGUGUUGAUUGUUACGAACCCAUGCCUACCCCCGGAGCUGAAUAUGGCCAAUAUGUCGAUACCCGUUAUCAAAGCAAUUUCUUCUUUGGUUGUCAAAACACCUUCAAAUUGGCCGGUCAAACUUCUCAUCACGAUAAUGUGGUCCGUUGUCAAGCUGAUGGUAUUUGGGACUUUGGUGAUUUGCGUUGUGAAGGUCCAGUUUGUGAUGAUCCAGGACGUCCAAGUGAUGGUCGUCAAAUUGCCAAGAGUUAUGAACAAGGUUCCGAAGUAUACUUCGGCUGCAAUCGCCCUGGUUAUAUCCUCAUCAAUCCUCGUCCCAUUACCUGUAUUCGUGAACCUGAAUGUAAGGUUAUCAAGCCAUUGGGUCUUACCUCUGGCAAGAUUCCUGAUUCUGCCAUUAAUGCCACCUCGGAAAGACCUAACUAUGAAGCCAAGAAUAUCCGUUUGAAUUCCGCCACCGGUUGGUGUGGUAAACAGGAAGCCUUCACCUAUGUCAGUGUCGAUUUGGGUCAAAUCUAUCGCGUCAAGGCCAUCCUUGUUAAGGGUGUUGUUACCAAUGACAUUGUGGGACGUCCUACUGAAAUCCGAUUCUUCUACAAACAAGCCGAAAACGAAAAUUACGUAGUCUAUUUCCCCAACUUCAAUUUGACCAUGAGAGACCCUGGUAACUAUGGUGAAUUGGCCAUGAUCACCUUGCCAAAAUAUGUCCAAGCCCGUUUCGUAAUCUUGGGUAUUGUCAGCUAUAUGGAUAAUGCCUGUUUGAAAUUCGAAUUGAUGGGUUGUGAAGAACCCAAAAAGGAACCAUUGCUAGGUUAUGAUUACGGCUACUCCCCAUGUGUGGACAAUGAACCACCCAUUUUCCAAAAUUGUCCUCAACAACCUAUCAUUGUGAAACGUGAUGAAUUUGGUGCCAUCUUACCGGUUAACUUUACCGAACCCACAGCUGUGGACAACUCGGGUUCCAUUGCCCGUUUGGAAGUGAAACCCCAGAACUUCAAGACCCCCUCGUUCAUCUUCCGUGAUACUGUUGUGAAAUAUGUUGCCUUCGAUUAUGAUGGUAAUGUGGCCAUUUGUGAAAUCAAUAUCACCGUUCCAGAUGUUACUCCACCACUGCUACAAUGUCCUCAAAGUUAUGUUAUUGAAUUGGCCGAACGUCAAGAACGUUACAAUGUUAACUUCAACGAUACCCGCAAUCGCAUCAAGACCUCUGAUGAAUCUGGAGAAGUACGUCUAUCAUUCAGCCCUGAAAGUGCCGUUAUUCCAAUUAGAGGAUUUGAAAAUGUCACUGUCACUGCCACCGAUAAAUAUGGCAACAAGGCCUAUUGUAACUACCAGGUUUCAGUGCAAGCUUCACCUUGUGUAGAUUGGGAAUUGCAACCACCAGCCAAUGGAGCCAUCAACUGUUUGCCUGGAGAUCGUGGUAUUGAAUGUAUUGCCACCUGUAAACCAGGAUUCCGUUUCACUGAUGGCGAACCCAUUAAGAGCUUCUCCUGUGAAACCUCAAGACUGUGGAAACCCACAUCCGUUGUACCCGAUUGUGUUUCAGAGAACACCGAACAAGCUGAUUACCAAGUUACCGCCACCAUUACCUAUCGUGCCAAUGGUGCUGUCGCCCAAUCCUGCUUGAGCAAAUACCAAGACGCUUUGGCCCAAAACUAUGCUGGCCUUAAUCAGUUGCUAUCCCAGCGUUGUUCCGCCGUCAAUGUCAAUAUGAAUGUUACCUUCUUGAAAUCGAUACCAAGUUUGAAGGAAGAGAAUGUUGUAAAAAUGGACUUCAUUUUGUCAAUUUUGCCAGCCAUCAGACAACCUCAAUUGUAUGAGCUUUGCGGUUCCACCAUGAAUUUGAUCUUCGAUUUGAGUGUACCCUAUGCCAGUGCUGUUAUUGAUUCUCUGCUGAAUAUCUCCAAUAUCGGAAACCAAUGUCCUCCACUCCGUGCCUUGAACAGCAACAUUUCUCGUGGUUUCACUUGCAGUGUUGGUGAAGUUUUGAAUAUGGAUACCAGUGAUGUGCCACGUUGUUUGCACUGUCCAGCUGGUACUUAUGUGGCCACCGGACAAAAUGUCUGUACCAAUUGCCCACGUGGUUACUAUCAGAAUCGUGAUCGUCAAGGUACUUGCAUGCGUUGCCCUGCUGGCACCUACACUAAGGAAGAAGGUUCCAAGUCGUUGAAUGAUUGUAUCCCAGUGUGCGGUUAUGGUACCUACUCACCAACUGGUUUGGUGCCAUGUUUGGAAUGUCCACGUAACUCCUUCACCAGUGAUCCACCAACUGGAGGUUUCAAGGAUUGCCAGGCUUGUCCUCAGAACACAUUCACCUUCCAACCAGCUGCCUCGACCAAGAGUUUGUGUCGUCAGAAGUGUCCACCUGGUACAUACUCUACCACUGGAUUGGCCCCAUGCUCUCCAUGUCCAAUGAACUUCUACCAAAGCGCUAUUGGAGCCCAAACCUGCAAUGAAUGUCCCACAAAUAUGCGUACUGAUGCUCCUGGAGCCAAGGGCCGUGAGGAAUGUAAACCCGUUGUGUGUGGUGAAGGUGCCUGUCAACAUGGUGGCCUUUGCGUACCCAUGGGCCAUGGUAUUCAAUGUUUCUGUCCCGCCGGAUUCUCUGGUAAACGUUGUGAAAUCGAUAUCGACGAGUGUGCCUCCCAACCCUGUUACAAUGGUGGCUCCUGUGUAGAUCAACCUCAAGGUUAUCGCUGUGAAUGUCCUCCUGGUUAUUCGGGCAUCAAUUGUCAAGAAGAGGCCAGCGACUGUCGUGAAGACACCUGCCCCACUCGUGCUAUGUGCAAGAACGAACCUGGUUACAAGAACUUCACCUGUCUCUGCCGCAGUGGUUAUACUGGAGAAAACUGUGAUGUCACCAUCGAUCCUUGUACCGCCAAUGGCAAUCCUUGCUCGAACGGAGCCAGCUGCAGAGCCCUGCAACAGGGACGUUACAAGUGCGAAUGUCUACCCGGAUGGGAAGGAUUCCAUUGUGAAGCUAACAUCAAUGAUUGUGCUGAAAAUCCUUGCCUGUUGGGUGCUAACUGUACCGAUUUGGUCAACGACUUCCAGUGCUCCUGCCCACCAGGUUUCACCGGUAAGCGUUGUGAAGAAAAGAUCGAUCUCUGCCUUUCGGAACCCUGUAAACACGGUACUUGCGUUGAUCGCCUCUUCGACCAUGAGUGUGUCUGCCAUCCCGGAUGGACUGGUCCAGCUUGUGAUGUGAAUAUUGAUGACUGUGAAGAUCGUCCAUGCGCCAAUGAUGGUGUCUGCAUUGAUUUGGUGAAUGGCUACAGCUGUAACUGUGAACCAGGAUACACCGGCAAGAAUUGUCAACAUACCAUUGAUGACUGUGAAUCCAAUCCAUGCCAGAAUGGUGCCACCUGUGUUGACCAAUUGGAUGGCUUCAUUUGUAAAUGUCGCCCAGGUUUUGUGGGUCUAAAUUGUGAAGCUGAAAUCGAUGAGUGCCUCAGUGAUCCUUGCAAUCCUGUCGGCACAGAACGUUGCUUGGAUUUGGACAAUAAAUUCAAGUGUGCCUGCCGCGAUGGCUUCACUGGUGAAUUGUGUGAAACUGAUAUCGAUGACUGUGAAAGCAACCCCUGCUUGAAUGAUGGCAAAUGUACCGAUCGUGUUGGAGGUUUCGACUGUGAAUGUGAAAAGGGUUGGAGUGGUUUGCACUGCGAACAUCAAAUCACCACCUGUGAUACCCAAUCACCAUGCCAGAAUGAUGCCACAUGUAUUGAUUUGUUCCAAGACUACUUCUGUGUGUGCCCCUCGGGUACAGAUGGCAAGAAUUGUGAAACUGCUCCCGAACGUUGUAUCGGCAAUCCUUGUAUGCAUGGCGGUAAAUGUCAAGAUUUCGGUUCUGGAUUGAACUGUACCUGCCCAAUGGAUUACUCGGGUAUUGGUUGUCAAUACGAAUUCGAUGCCUGCGAGGCUCAUCUCUGCCAGAAUGGUGCAACAUGUAUUGAUGUCGGUGAGGGCUACACUUGUGUCUGCCCUCAAGGUUUUACUGGCAAGAACUGCGAAGAAGAUAUCGUUGACUGCAAGGAUAACUCCUGUCCUCCUGGUGCCACUUGCAUUGAUUUGACCAAUGGUUUCUAUUGUCAAUGUCCCUUCAAUAUGACCGGUGAUGAUUGCCGUAAGACCAUCCAAGUUGAUUACGAUCUCUACUUCAGCGAUGCCACCAGGUCCACAGCUGCCCAGGUGGUGCCAUUCUAUACUGGUGAAGCUACCAGCUUGACAAUUGCCAUGUGGGUUCAAUUCGCCCAAAAGGAUGAUACUGGAAUCUUCUUCACCCUAUACAGUGUGGAAUCAUUGAAUAUGGCCAGCAAUAGACGUUUGAUGUUGCAAGCCCACUCAAGUGGUGUACAAGUUUCCCUGUUCGCCGACUAUCAAGAUGUUUUCCUGUCAUUCGGGGAAUAUACCUCCGUCAAUGAUGGCCAAUGGCAUCAUGUUGCCAUUGUUUGGGAUGGUAUGUCUGGUCAAUUGCAAUUGAUUACCGAAGGUUUGAUUGCCAGCAAGAUUGAAUAUGCCCAAGGACGUACCUUGCCACCAUACUUGUGGUCUGUGUUGGGCCGUCCACAACCUGAUGAUUCUAAAUACGCCUUGUCAUACUCGGAGACUGGCUUCCAAGGUACCAUGACAAAGGUUCAAGUAUGGGCCAGAGCUUUAGAUACCACAUCGGAAAUCCAGAAACAAGUACGUGAUUGCCGUUCGGAACCUGUUCUCUAUAAUGGUUUGAUUUUGAAUUGGUCUGGUUAUGAGAUCACUGUGGGUGGUGUUGAACGUAAUGUGCCUUCGAUGUGUGGACAACGUAGAUGUCCAAAUGGUUACACUGGACCAAAUUGCCAACAAUUGGAAGUCGAUAAGGAACCACCAGUUGUGGAACAUUGCCCUGGAGAUUUGUGGGUUAUUGCCAAGAAUGGUUCGGCUGUGGUGACAUGGGAUGAACCUCACUUUAGCGAUAAUAUUGGUGUUACCAAGAUUGUGGAACGUAAUGGACAUCGUCCUGGUACCACAUUGCUAUGGGGCUCAUAUGAUAUUACCUAUAUUGCCUCGGAUGCUGCUGGUAAUACAGCCACCUGUAGUUUCAAGGUUUCGUUGUUGACUGACUUCUGUCCUCCCUUGGCUGAUCCUGUUGGUGGUGUCCAAGUCUGCAAGGAUUGGGGUACUGGAGGUCAAUUCAAGGUUUGUGAAAUUUCUUGCAAUCCUGGUUUGAGGUUCUCUGAGGAAGUACCUGAAUUCUAUACUUGCGGUGCUGAAGGUUUCUGGCGUCCAACACCAGAUCCUUCCAUGCCUUUGGUAUAUCCUGCUUGUUCACCUUCCAAGUUGGCCCAACGUGUAUUCCGCAUUAAAAUGCUCUUCCCCUCGGAUGUUUUGUGCAACAAGGCCGGUCAAGGUGUGUUACGUCAAAAGGUCACCAGCUCUGUCAAUUCUCUUAAUCGUGAUUGGAACUUCUGCUCUUACUCGGUUGAGGGUUCACGCGAAUGUAAGGAUAUCCAAAUCGAUGUUAAAUGUGAUCACUACCGCGGCACUCAAAGCAAUCGUGUGCGCCGUCAGGCUAAGGACGGUGGUGUUUAUGUCUUGGAAGCUGAAAUACCAGUACUCAACGAUGAAGAAGAUCCAGAUCCCAGAGCACGUCAAGGACGCCAACAAACUGGCGGUGACACAUACACGCUGGAAAUUUCUUUCCCGGCAGUGAAUGAUCCGGUAGUUCAUACCUCUACUGGCGAACGUUCCACUGUCAAGGCCCUAUUGGAAAAACUUAUUUUGGAAGAUGAUCAAUUUGCCGUACAAGACAUAUUACCCAAUACCGUACCCGAUCCAGCCUCUUUGGAAUUGGGCUCUGAAUAUGCUUGCCCUGUGGGUCAAGUGGUAAUGAUUCCCGACUGUGUACCCUGUGCCAUUGGUACCUUCUAUGAUACCCGCAACAAUACUUGUGUCCCCUGUGAACGUGGUACCUAUCAAUCUGAAGCUGGUCAAUUGCAAUGCAGCAAAUGCCCUAUCAUUGCUGGACGUCCUGGUGUUACUGCUGGCCCUGGAGCCCGUUCUGCAGCCAGUUGUAAGGAACGUUGUCCUGCUGGCAAAUACUUUGAUUCCGAAACUGGUUUGUGCAGAUCUUGCGGCCAUGGCUUCUUCCAACCCAAUGAGGGUUCAUUCAGCUGUGAAUUGUGCGGUUUGGGUCAAACAACACGCUCUGCUGAGGCCACCUCACGCAAGGAAUGUCGCGAUGAAUGCUCUUCCGGCCAACAAUUGGGUGUCGAUGGUCGUUGUGAACCCUGCCCACGUGGUACAUUCCGUGCCCAAGGUGUCCAGCCUUCGUGUGCUGCUUGUCCAUUGGGUCGCACCACACCUAAAGUUGGUGCCAAAUCCGUUGAAGAAUGUACCCUGCCCGUAUGCUCUCCCGGUACUUAUCUCAACACAACCAUUAACAUGUGUGAAGAAUGCCGCAAGGGUUACUAUCAACCUGAGACACAACAAACAUCCUGCAUACAGUGUCCACCCAAUCACAGCACAAAGAUUACCGGAGCUACCUCAAAAUCUGAAUGUACCAAUCCCUGUGAACAAGUGGCUGAAGGACGUCCCCAUUGUGAUCCCAAUGCUUAUUGUAUCUUGGUUCCUGAAACCUCAGACUUCAAGUGUGAAUGUAAACCCGGUUUCAAUGGUACCGGUAUGGAGUGUACUGAUGUGUGUGAUGGUUUCUGUGAAAAUCAAGGCAACUGCGUUAAGGAUCUCAAGGGUACACCAUCGUGUCGCUGUGUUGGCUCCUUCACUGGACCCCAUUGUGCUGAACGUUCGGAGUUUGCCUAUAUUGCUGGCGGUAUUGCCGGUGCUGUGAUCUUUAUUAUAGUCAUAGUUCUAUUGAUUUGGAUGAUUUGUGUACGUUCGACAAAGCGACGUGACCCCAAGAAGAUGUUAUCGCCGGCCAUCGAUCAAACCGGUUCUCAGGUGAACUUCUAUUAUGGUGCUCAUACACCAUAUGCUGAGUCGAUAGCACCAUCACAUCACAGUACAUAUGCCCAUUAUUACGAUGAUGAGGAGGAUGGUUGGGAAAUGCCAAAUUUCUAUAAUGAAACAUAUAUGAAGGAUGAUGUUGUAUAUUCCACAGGUCUGCAUGGAGGUGGCAAAAUGAGCACAUUGGCUAGAUCGAAUGCCUCGCUAUAUGGUACCAAGGAUGAUUUAUAUGAUCGAUUAAAACGACAUGCCUAUACUGGCAAAAAAGAAAAGAGUGAUAGUGAUAGCGAAGUCCAAUAAAUUCAAUAGAACAAAAAACAACCACACACACAACUGCCAAUUUUUUUUAGCAGCGUUAGUAGUAAUAAAAUCUCAAACAAACGAACAAAAAUUACCAAGAAUAAAAGCAGCUAUCCAAUUCAAUCAUCUAUUAAAUAUUUAUUACGAAACGCUCGACUAAUGUAACAUACUUGUAUUUAAAAAAAAAAUGCUCACAACUCUCUUAAAAUGGGGCUUAAAUGCUAGUCCUCCAAAAAAGGCUCAGGCACUUAAGUCACAA